AUGAUCGGCGAUAUGGGUCGGGCGUCGGGUAAGGAUGUGUGGUCCAUCUCGGCAGCGGCACGUUUUGCUGCUUCUGUCGAGCCCAAGCCCUUAACACAAGCCUUGCGAGACGGAUGGGCUGCGCUCCGCUUCCGACACCCAUCCAUUGCAACCACUGCUGACGGCGACACCCUACAAUAUCACGUCCCUGAUGCCCAACGACUGACAAGAUGGCUGGAUGAAACCUUCAUCGUGGUGCGCGGCGAAUCCAGCAUCGACGGUAUUCUGGGCACGCUUCCGCCACGAGCAUCCGCAUGUUGUUAUUACCUUGAGGAUGCUACGGAGGUGAUAUUGCAGCUCUCGCACUGGCGCACUGAUGGUAUUGGGGCCUUUUACCUAUUAGGGGCUUUGCUCAAAGCGACCAUCGACCACCUGAGGGAUGAGCCACAUCACUUCGCCUGGGGCCAGGAGACAGUUCGGCUUGUCCCUAGCGUCGAAUGGGCUCUGAAAUUACCAAACAGGCCAACGGAGGCCAUCGAAAUGGCCACAAAAGCAUACCUGAAUACUUUGAGCCAUGCCCACGGUGCUCUGGGCAUCCCGUCGCAACCCAUGCCAGCUGCACAAGCUGCAAGAUUACCCACGCUCUGCUUUUCCGUGAAUAAGACGGCCGAGCUGCUGUCAGCGUGCUCCCAACGGGGCAUUCGCUUCGAGUCGGCGCUGCACGCCUCGGUGACAGCCGCAGCGUACUCGAUAGCGGGACCCGCCACAGCGUCGGGGAGCAACCAUCACAGCAGCACCCUACGCCACAGCCUCCGGCCACAUCUUCCCGCUCCGUACCACGGUGUGGCCGGCGCUGCCGGACUCUACACAGCUGCCUACUUUGCCAAAGUACCGGGCACCCAGUCCUGGCUAGACAACGCCCGGUACUACGAGACCGAGUAUGCCAAUGGCGCCUCCCCGGAUCUGAUACCUAUCCUGAGUUACGGAGUGAUCUCUACGUAG